GGCCGUUACCAAUGGUGGGAUAGAAAAGGGCAAUUCAUAUAAAAAUCCUAUAUUGCUAAAUCAGACAAACAAGCCCUAAAGAAGCGCUCAAGGAAAGCGAAAUCCAAUCCUUUUCAUUGGCGGCGGCGGCGGAUCCGAAUGGCUACUACUAUGUUCGAACAAGACGAAGAUGAGGAAGACAUAAACCCCUUCACCAUGCUCCUAACACAAGACGAAAAUGGCGAUACCAAGGAACAUUCUACGCUACAUGCUAGCCCAGGGGUGCCACAGUUGCAGCAGCAUUAUAUCCGCUCGAUUGACACCGAGUUGACAAUCAGACAGCUCCCAUCGCAAGGCCUUUCGUUCCAGCUAUGGCCGGCAGCCACAACGCUCGUCAACCUCCCCGACGACCACCGCCGUGACCCUAGGAAAGGCCCCCUCUCUGCCGUCCUCUCGGCCGCAUUGGACGGUCCAGAUCGCCGCCGCCUCAAAAUCCUUGAGCUUGGCUCGGGAACCGGCCUCGUGGGGAUCGCCGCGGCUGUCAUGCUUGGUGCUAAUGUCACCGUGACGGACCUCCCACACGUCAUACCCAACCUAGAAUUCAGCGCCGAAGCGAACUCCAAGGCGUUGACCGCGAACGGCGGGAACGUCGUUGCUUCGGCGCUGAGGUGGGGAGAGGAGGCUGACGUGGAGGUGAUUGGGCCGGAGUUUGACCUUGUUCUGGCGUCGGAUGUAGUGUACCACGAUCAUCUCUACGAACCUCUACUCCGGACUCUGUACUCGCUUUUGAGUGGUCGGGAAACGACGUCGUUUGUGAGGGCUCACCUCAGAAGGUGGAAGAAGGAUUCGGCUUUCUUUAAGAAGGCAAGGAAGGCUUUCAACGUGGAGGUUUUGCACGAGGACACUCAUAGUGAAGGGUCCAGAAUUGGGGUCGUCGUUUACCGUUUUUGUGGGAAGCAAAUUCGGAAGUUGGGGUUGGCUAAAGCGGAAAAUGCUUGAUUUUGGUUCUGAAGAAAAGGGGGAAGAGAUUUUGUUUUGGUUCAGAUUGUUGUUAAGGAAAAUUUUGGGAAAUGAAAAUUGUUUUUUACUUUUUUUUUUUAACAAAGAAAUGACACUCAUUGCUAUUCUGAUUCUAAGGAAUUAAGGAGAAAAGGCAACAUUUUACACUAGAAAAGAGUUUUCAAGAUAUGUUUGUACUUGGACACG